AUGGCCGACGAUAGCGACGGCGAAUACAUCGAGGGCCUCUCUGAUGAUGACUUUGCCGAUCACCAAGUAACGAGCGGCCAAGGCCACACCCACGGCGCUGGUCCCAGCGACGCCAGAUCCCAACGGGGCGCUGCCGCCGCCUCCCGUAGCGGCCGCGGCCAACGACAACGUGGGCACAAGAGCAAGCACGGGAAGCGCGCGGCUUGGGAGGAAGGGAAGUUCACAUGGGACGUCCCAGAGGAUGAUGAGGGCAACGUCUCCCUCACUGCCCUUCUCGAGGCCGAGAAGCGACGCCGCCUGCUGCGCGACACGACCCCCUUCCAGCGCGGCAUCAUACGGCACAUGGUCUUGGUCCUGGAUAUGUCCUUUGCCAUGCUCGAGAAGGAUCUGCUCCCGAAUCGGUACAUACUCAUGAUGCACUACGCCGUGGACUUCGUGAGGGAGUACUUCGAGCAGAACCCCAUCUCGCAGCUGGGCAUCAUUGCCAUGCGCGACGGUGUCGCCGUGCACAUUAGCGAGAUGAGCGGCAACCCGGCAGACCACAUCGACUGGCUGAGGCACUGGGAGAAAAAGUUCGAGCCUAGAGGCAACCCGAGCUUGCAGAAUGCCCUGGAGAUGUGUCGGGGCGAUCUUUUUCACGCGCCCUCCCACGGAACUCGCGAAGUCCUCAUCGUCUACGGCGCUCUUCUCUCCAGUGACCCUGGUGACAUACACGACACCAUCGAAAGCCUGAUAGCAGACCAGAUACGGGUGUCCGUCGUCGGCCUCGCUGCGCAGGUAGCCGUCUGCGCCGAUCUGUGCUCAAAGACCAACGGAGGCGAUGCCAGUUGUUACUCAGUCGCGAUGCACGAGCAGCACUUUCGUGAAUUAUUCCUGGCCAGUACCACCCCACCGGUGACCCGACAGACGGAGAAGAGCAAUGCCAGCUUGCUGAUGAUGGGGUUCCCUUCACGCACGAAAGCCGAAUACUAUAAAGGAUCUGCCGACGCAGCCAAAACAAGUGGAGGCCCGAAGGAUGGCGUGGACGGCGCUGGGCGUACCCCCAGCGAGAAGAAAGACGCGAUUAGCUUAUGCGCCUGUCACAACAAGCCCUGCCGAGAUGGGUACCUCUGCACGCGAUGUUCAACGAAAGUGUGCCGUCUGCCAGCGGAGUGUCCCGCGUGCGGCCUAACGCUGAUUCUCUCGACCCAUCUGGCACGAUCCUACCACCAUCUCUUCCCCCUGCGGAACUGGGUCGAAGUCCCGUGGAGCGAAGCCGACAAGUCCGUCGCGUGUUAUGCCUGCUUGACGCAUUUCCCCGAGGCACCGAAAUCGAGAGGCAAGGGCAGGGAGCUUCCAGAGAAGACUGCAGGCGACAAGGUCAAGGGCAUCAGCGAGAGCGGCCGAUACGCUUGUGAGGUGUGCGGCAACCACUUCUGCAUCGACUGCGACGUAUUUGCGCACGAGAUUGUCCACAACUGCCCUGGGUGCCAGAGCGACACCCGAGCAGCAGCUCAGAUGGAGGCAGAAAUGGAUGCAGCCGAGAAUGGCGUCACGCAUGCCAACGGAAACAUGAUCUUGGAUUAG